UCUCGCAAGAAACUCAAACCGAUCACUCCCAAUCCCAAUCAGUCAAUACAGACCUAACCCAUUUCCAAAAUGUUCAAGUUGGUGGUAUUGUCUGCUCUGCUCGCCGUAGCCGCUGCCCGUCCCGGUCACCUGUUGGAGUCCUCCCCGCUGGUCUACGCCGCCCCAGCAGCGACGACCAUCGUCCAGGAGCCCGUUCUGGCUAAGGUGGGAGCCGUGGUGAAGAGCGUGCCCACUGCCGUCAGCCACCAGAGCCAGUCGGUGGUGCACAGUCACGCUCAUGUUGUCGAGGAUGUCGUUGCUCCCGUGGUGAAGUCCACUCCGGUGGUCAGCUAUGCUGCUGCCGCUCCAGUGGUUCACACCUCAUAUGCCGCUGCUCCCGUUGUCCACACCAGCUACGCUGCUGCUGCGCCAGUGGUUCACACCUCCUACGCCGCCGCCGCUCCCGUUCUGGCCACAUCCUACGCCCAAGUGGCCGCCUCCUCGCCGCUGACCUACACCGCCACUGGUGUGUGGUAAAUCCUUGGCCAGGCCCACUCCGAUUCCUACUCCUCUCCCACUGUUGACAGGUGACCAGGAUGCGUGUGCAUCGCUGGACGGUUUUGUGAUACGAAUUUUAAAUAAAUAAAUGUUUUGCUUUGAAA